CACAACUUCCGGCUCGCGACCCGGCCCUGUGGCGUCAGCAUUGGUUUCCACACUGGCUUUCAAGCGUCGCUCCUCACCGCAGAGGGGAACCAGGACGCGCGAGCAUGUGGCAGCUGCUGGCGCGCACCUGUGCGCCGCUCCUGCGGGCGCGUCUGUCAGGUUCGGGGCCUGCGCUUGCUACCCGCGCCGGCCUGAAGACGCUGCUUCCGGUGCCGACUUUCGAAGGUGUUUCCAUUCCAGAAAGGCCCAAGCUUAAGUUUAUUGAAAGGGCACCACUUGUGCCAAAAGUAAGACGAGAACCCAAAAACUUGAGUGAUAUACGAGGACCUUCCACUGAAGCUACUGAGUUCACAGAAGGCAGUUUCGGGAUUUUGGCACUUGGAGGUGGUUACCUCCAUUGGGGCCAUUUUGAAAUGAUGCGCCUGACAAUCAACCGGUCUAUGGAUGCCAAGAACAUGUUCGGCAUAUGGCGAGUGCCACCACCUUUCAAGCCCAUCACCCGAAAAGGUGUCGGGCAGCGCAUGGGGGGUGGCAAAGGGGCCAUCGAUCACUAUGUGACACCUGUGAAGGCUGGCCGCCUCCUAGUAGAGAUCGGAGGGCGUUGUGAGUUCAAGGAGGUGGCAAAUUUCCUGAACCAGGUUGCCCACAAGCUACCCUUCCCAGCGAAGGCAGUGAGCCGAGAAACACUGGAGAAGAUUCGGAAAGACCAGAAGGAAAGAGAACGGAACAACCAAAACCCCUGGACCUUUGAGCGCAUUGCAACUGCCAACAUGCUGGGCAUACGCAAGGUGCUAAGCCCCUACGACUUGACCCAGAAGGGGCGGUAUUGGGGCAAGUUCUACCUGCCCCACCGUGUGUAGCACGAGCACAGUAACAUAGAUGCCUCGGUCACUGGGACAA